GUGUGACCAGGCCUUAUGUCAGGUGCGGGCAAGAAGCGACAAUUAGAAAAGGCAAUAUAAAAAAGUCAAACAAACGUAAAUAGUUAGAAUAAAAACCAUAAAAAUGAUGGCUGAGAGUUCACUGCAGAGCGCUAGCGAUGCGUCAGUGGAUUUGGACACAAGCAGCUUAAUGGCCAACAGCGAAUUGGCAAUGGCGGGAACUCGCGAACUUACCAUCACGCCCACAAAGCGGGAGAGACGUAAAUCCCCGGCAACCAGUUCGGAUAAUACCAGCACCAGUGUCCAGGCCCCAAUGUCACCAACAUCAUCCAUGGCAGACACCACAUUCGAGCCCACAAUCGAUAUGAUGGUCAAUGAUUUUGACGACGAGGCCACAUUAAAUGAGGAGGAAGCUUUAGCUUUGGAAGAACACAACAACCCUGAGGAUGAGAUUGCCAGGCUGAGGGAGGAAAGCGAAAUGCCCAUAGAGGAGUUGUUGGCCAAAUAUGGCGGCAUGGCAGCAGAAUCUGAAAUCAGUUCUAGUAGUUCAAGAAAUAGGCCUAGCACCAGCAAAAGUUCAGCCGGGCGACGACGGAAAGCAAAAAAGCAACAGCAGCAGCAACAACAACAACCACAUCAGCAAGAGGAGCAGCCACAGCAGAUGGAAUUGCAUAAUGAAGACACGGAACCCAAACUGGAGCCUGAUAUUGAAGAUGUCCCCGCAAUUUUGAGUGUCGAACAAGGCAAAAAACAGCAUCGUUCCCAUUUAAUGGAUCUCUAUCCUGAUGAAUCUUUUGAUAGAAGUCCUUUGCCCAAUCGGCAGGAUGAUUUAGAAACCUUUACCCCACUUCAUACACUCCUAGAGGAGGUGGAAGAGCCAGAGGAAGAAGAAGACACAGAUACCGAUUCCGAUGAUGCUAGGAAGAUUAUUAUGGUGGGAACCGACUAUCAGGCUGAUAUACCUGAUGGACUCUCUCAAUAUGGCGAUAUACUUCCCUAUGAGAAUGAAGAUCAAUUGAUCUGGGAACCCAGCCAAGUGACCGAGAGAGAGGUAGAGGAUUAUCUUAAUAAAAUUCAAGAGGCACGAAUUCUUACAGCGGCAGCUUUGGCUGAGGAGGGGAGCGGGGAGCUUGCCGAAAAUGAAGCGGAUCCAUUACCAUCUUUGCCUGUAUCCUCCACAGAUGAGAAAACUACUACUUCGUCUAGUCAGAAACCAUCUUCGCGAAUUCAGCUUUCGACUCUAUCAGAUUCGGAAUCCGUCGUAAAAGAUAACGAGCAGGCCUUGCAUCUUUUGGUCCAGUGUGGUUAUGAUUUCAAGGAGGCUUUGCGUCGUAAACGUAUCAAUAUAAUGCCCCUUGGUGACGGCGGCUCAUCAAUGGGCACAUGGUCGGAGGAGGAGUGCCAGAAGUUUGAAGAGGGUAUAGAUAAAUUCGGUAAGGAUUUCUACCAGAUCCGGCAAAAUCAGGUACGCACGCGAACCAUGCGUGAAUUGGUGCAAUUCUAUUAUCUGUGGAAGAAGAGCGAACGCCGUGAUCAAUGUUCUAUCCGGAACGAUACCAUUGAUCACAUGGAUGUUUUCAUCAAUGAAACCGAAACUGGCAAUGGGGGGAAUGGUAAUGGUAGCUUAUCACCUAGUAAUGGCCAGAAUGGUAACUGCCCCGAUUUGCUGAGUGGUCAGGAGAAGGAGCGUAGGAAAAGUUAUUCGAUCAUGACGGCCACUGGAACAAAUCGCAAACGUCGAGGGUCGUCCACACCUUUGACCUUAGAGGAUAAUGAGAAUGAUAAUAGUAACAAUGGACAAAAUAAAGUUGAACAGGCAGAGACCAUUGAAAAGAUAUAAGUAGUGAUGGUAAUGGACAUCAUUAGGCGCAGGCGCAAGGCAUUAUAGUAUUCCGCUAUACAUUAUACAUAUAUAAUGCAAUUAUUGAUUCAGAUACUAUUCCAUAUAUAGAUUCAGAUUCUUAAAUCACACAUUUCUCAUAUUUACUAUACAUAUAUCUGUAAUUUUUGAGUUUUUUUAAUUGUUAAG